AUAAAUUUGAAAGGAAAACAUAUAGAAAAAUAAUAUUUUGACUGUUCUUUGUAAAAAAAAAAAAAUAAAUUUAAUUUUUGUUUCCAUUUAAAUAAAAGAUUAAAUUGAAAUAAGUGCUAAUGUUUUUUAAAUAUAAAAUGUAAACUCAAAAUAUAAAAUCGGAAUAUUUUAAACCGAAAUAGUCGGGAAGAAGAAGAGUUAAAUUUUUUCCUCUUAAAUUUUUUUUGUUUUUUUAUUUUUUUAAAUUCGUAUUAUUUUCGACCGCAAAGCCCUCCUCUUUGAAAGGAAGAAGUUUAAAUCUAUGCAAUAUCUAUACAUAAAUCGAUUUUUUCUUUUUGAGUUUUUUACUUAAUUAGAAAUGAAAUUUUUUUUAAGAAAAUUUUAAGUGAUUGUAAAUAUUUUAAUGAAUUAAUUUAUUUUAAAAUUGAAUAAAGAAGUUUUUAAGAAAUUCACAAAGUGUGUACCCACUGGAUUUGAAAAAGGAAAAUAAGAAAGUUAAAAGAAAAGUCAAUUUAGCUGAAAAUGUUUUAUUUAAGUGCCAUAUUUUUCGUAUGAAAGUCCUUUUUUUCUCGAGCUAAUAUUUUGUUAAUUUUCGAUUAUUUAUUUUUGUUGUAAAUUCAAAUUGAAAAUUUUUUCAUGAAAAUUUUUGAGUAAAUUAGUUGAAUCUCAAUCAUCUUAAUCUCUUGAAUUUUCUUUUUGUUGUAAAAAAUUUUUAUAAUCUUUAAAUAACAUUUUAUCUUAAAUCGGGGUGAAAAAUAAAUUAGUAAUUUUUUUAAUUUGGACGUUUUUGUGGUAUAUUCUGGUUUGUUUUCUUUGGUUUUUUAUUAUUAUCUUUUUUUUUUGGAGCAUUAAGAAUAAACAUCUACCUACCUAAAACAUUUACCUACAACGCAAAAUAAAAAGGCAGCAGCAGCAACACAAUCUUUUUUUAAGAAAAUUUAAAAUAGAAACAAAUUUAUGUAUUGAAAAGAGAAGAAAAAAUAAUAACAAUUAAAAAAAAGUAGCAUAAUAGCGCAAAAAAAAAGAAUAGAAAAAUUUUAUUUAAAAAAAUAGAAAAUUUUCAUAUAUGCUUUUGUUCCUAACUGCAAAUGGGAGCUAAAGCUAGCACUGCACAACAAAAUGGGACUCAAAGCCCAAGAUCAAGUACUGAUGUUGUAUCAGCCGGUGCAGCUGGUUUCAAUUUAUUACGACAGAAUGAUAGACAAAGGGCAAGAAGUUUAUCUUCUGUGCCAGAUUUACAAUCUUCAAAUAAUAACAAUAAUACCAAUAAUAGUAAUAGUAAUAAUAGCCAUCAUCAUCACCAUAAUAAUCAUCACGUUUCAAUGGUACAAGGUGGUGCCCAAAUAUAUGGUGAUGAAAGUUCCAUAAUUGUUGGCGGAGGUGGACGUAGUGGAGAAUUUGAUGCAACAGGAAUUGGUAUAGGAAUAGUACAUCAUCAAAAUAAUGACGAAAAUGGUCAAAGUGGUGGUAUUAGCAGUGGAGUUCAAAAUUCAGCAUUAGGACGUGUUUAUACAGCAACAUCAUUACCUUCACAUAUAUGGUCUUUGAAUGGUAUUAAAUGCCCAGUCUGCAGUAAAUUCGUAUUACCAGACGACAUCGAGUGUCAUUUAGUUAUGUGCCUAACAAAACCUCGUUUAUCUUACAAUGAGGAUAUUUUAAAUGAUCCUAAAGGCGAAUGUGUCAUUUGUUUAGAAGACUUAAAUCCUGGUGAUGUUAUAGCGCGAUUACCAUGUCUUUGUAUUUACCAUAAAGGAUGCAUAGACCGAUGGUUCGAAGUAAAUCGUUGUUGUCCUGAACAUCCUGGUGACUAGUAAUAUUAAUUAUAACUAGACUUACAAAUUAAUAUUAAUAGUAAUAAAUAAAUAAUUAAAAAAAAACAAAGAAAAUUGUAAAACUUUUUAGACUUUAGUUUAUAAAAAAAAAAAUAUGAUAAAAUAUAUAAAACUAAAAACAAAAAAAAAUCUAAUAAAAACAAUUUAAAAAAGAAAUAAAAAAAUAUUUGGAAAAAAAAAGAAAAAAAAUUAUAUAAAAUUAAAAAAUUAAACGAUCUUGUCAUUAAUAUUACCAAAUUAAUUUUAAUUAUCAUUUUUUACGUAUAUAUUAUAUAAAAGUUAAAAUAAAAUUAAAAAAAAAUCAAUGAAUAUUAUAACAAACAAGAAAAAAACAACAAGCAAAUGAUAAACGAUAAAAAAGGAUCAUUUUAGAUGGUUAGAAUUGAAAAAAAAAUUCCAGCGUUUGUUGUGAUUUUUUCUUCUCUUUUGUUAAUUUUUAAUUUUCUUCUCCAUUGUGAAUACAAUUUCAAAAAUCAAUUUAAAAAUAUUGUUUUCUUCAUAGCUAUAAUAAUUAGAAAAUGUAAAUAACUUUUGAUUUCGAUCUUUUCAAAGAUAUGUUUUUAUAAAACCAAUCAUAGUCUUAAAGAAAGAUACAAUUAAUCUUUAUUUAAAUAUUAAACUUACUUUGAAUUCAUUAUAAAUUAAUAUUUCGUGUAAACUUUGUAUAAAUAUUUAUUUAUAUUCUUUUAAUAUUUUUAAAUAAACUAUUUGAUAUUUUGGUUAUUUUGUACUGUAUAAUAUUUAUAGUUGCAAAUUUACUAAUAUUUUAAACGAUGUUUUUUUUUGAUAUUGUAUUGGCACACCAGCGAUCAUUUUUUUAAUACUUAUAAUUUUAUAUGAUUAACUUUAAAUUUGGACUGAGUUUUUCUUUUAAUUAAAAAAAUUAAGGUGGAAAUAAUUGAAUUAGCUUUAAAAAACAAAUUUUGAUUUGAUUCUUUUAAUUUAAUUUAUGCCUUACUUUUUUUUUGUAUUCUUACUAUUUUAUAUGUCUUAUAAUAUAAGUAAUUUAUUGCAGUUAAUUGUGGUCAAAAAUAUAUGUACAUCAAGUGAGACGAUCCUGCUUGAAAUAAGCUACUUUAAAAUAUGGUUAAAAUUAAAGAAAUUAGUAAAAAAAAUAAGAGUUAGACAGAUUAAUAUUAAUUUAAAUGAAAAGUAGCUUAAUUAAAUAUUAAUCGCUUGCUUCUCAAAUUACUUAUUGUAGUUCAAAGCUAAAAAGCGUUCAAAAACAUAAUGCUAUCAACUAAGAAAAUAAACAUUAGGUACCACAUUCGUCAAUUUGAAAGCAAGUUUUAUUAAAAAAAUAUAAUAGCAAGUUAUUCAUAGCAAAGCUAUGAAGUAAGCAGUAAAUUGUAAUAUGAAUGUUGUAUUUAGCUUUUCCUAUUUUCCAAACAUAUUUUAACUGCAAUAGACUUGCAUUUGAGUAUAAUAAAGAAGAUAAAUUUGAUUUGUACAUAAAUUAAAAUAUCAUUUAGCAAUGUGGAAGAGAAAAAAAUUAUUUCAUUCAAAGAUUUCAAUUUUGUAAAAACAGUGCGGAAUAAUUUUUAUUUUUGCAUUUUUUUUUCAAAAGUCAAACAAAUUUAAAAUAAAUUUAAAUAUUAAAACCCCAUCGAAAUAAAAUUUUAUUGUUUUUAAAAAGAAAAGUAAAAAUAGUUAAAAAGUAAAAUAGUAAAAACAAUAAAAAAUUAUAAAAAAAAAAAUUAUAAUACUUAAUGCAUAAAUAUGUAAGCAAAGUAUAAUAAAUUAAAAACAAAAGUAUAUCUACAUAUUUUUAACUCGAAAACAUCGUCUUUUAUUCUUUUCAAAUUUGAAAUCGUUUUAAUUUUUAUUGUAUAAGUUUAUCAUGAACAUUGCUAGUAUUGCGCUCUUGUAUUUAGAGAAUGAAUUUUAUAAAAUGAAAUGUUUGUAAUCGAUUCGUAGAUUAGACUACUUCAGCCGCAUUACAUUUGUUUUUUAGUUAGUGCAU